AUGGUCAACGUUGAAAACGGUAGCGUAAGCAUUGCUGAAGCUGCGGCAAUAACUUUGGAAGUUCCCGAAGACGCGACCAAAGUCUGCUCCCUAAACGUUUUGAGUAAUGUGAGUUUUAUAAUGUUUCCAAUCUACUCGAUAACUUAUAUUUUUAGGACCCUGCUUCUAGUAAUCCGGUUUGCUCAAACGAUGAAAAAAGUUCUGAAGUACUGGAAAAUUCUCAUGUACAUCACGACGAAGAUGCUUCUAGCAGCUCAGAAGACUCGCGCGUCGGCUCCGAAAUUUGGCAAAAUCAGGUAUUUUAAAUUUUCUUCAAAUUAUUUUUUAAGAACACUGAGAUAUAUUUUUAUUUUCAGGCACAGUCGGGUUUGUUCAAAAAAGUGGAUUCAAUGGUGAACGAAGGUCUAUCUCUUCCUAUUAUUAUAAAGACGUUGUUCCCACAUUUCAAUAUUCCUGUGGAUAAUUUAAGCGAUACCGUGGUUAGUUUAUUGAAAUAGCCUAAUUUUUUAGUAUGUUCUAUUCAGCUUUAUGGGAUUUUGUGCGAUAUUUUGGAUCGGGAGCCAAAAAGAGACAAACUACCGCAAUACAACACUUUGGAAGACGCAAUUGAGCUUUUUAAGUGAGUUUUUGCGGGAUACCUUUCUUUUUAAGAUUUUUUUUUAGGACCCGGAAGAAUAUAAUGUUGAUAACUGGCGCGGGGGUUUCAGUUUCCUGCGGGAUUCCCGAUUUUCGCAGCAAAGAUGGUGAGAAUUUCAUGAAAAACAAGGAAAAAUUUUUGAUUUUUGAGCUAGUUUACUCAUUUCGAAAUUCAAUUUCAACUUCGAUUUAUGUCAAUUAUGUUCAAAAAUCCUUCUCAGAGUUCAAUUUUGCGUUUGUUCUGUUUAAGAGUCUUCAUAUUAACGGUGCAAGUUCGAAAAAGGUCUCGUGGCGAAAGCCGUUUUCAGGGUUAUUUAUUGUUUUGAAAAACUUCAUUAUUUUAAAAACCAUUGAAAGUAUAUUUAAAUUGACUAUAUGAGUUUUAUUAACAAUAUUAUCAUCUUUAAGGUAUUUAUGCUCGACUCCACGUUGAUUUUCCUGACCUUCCUGACCCAACCGCCAUGUUUGAUAUCCGAUAUUUCCGACAGAAUCCGGCGCCUUUUUAUGAUUUUGCCAAGGUUCCUAUUCUUUUUGAACAGCUUCUGAAAUUUUUCUUGACAGGAAAUAUUCCCGGGCCAGUUCCAGCCUUCCGUUUCUCAUAAAUUCAUCAAGUUACUAGAGGAUAGCGGCAGGCUUUUGAGGAACUACACCCAGAACAUUGACACUCUGGAGAAACAGACGGGGAUUACGAAGGUCAUCGAAUGUCAUGGUUCGUGGAAAAUUUGUGGAAAAGGGACCACUAUAGUGCGCGUCAUGAGAUAGGACACCUUUGAAUUGCGGUUUUUCAAACAUUUGAAAUAAGUUAGGGAUAGUCUGUCAGCGUAAGACUCUUAAGUGCACGGAAAAAUUACUGUGUAAAAAUCUCUGGUGGUUUUGAUUCUAUACAGAGAAGGGAGCGUGAAAAGUACAGGACGUCCCAUCAAGAAUUUCAUUUUCAUAAUUUUUAUACGGGUGAAAUAUUUCGGCCUUUUGCUUCUGAACAUCGAUAUGGAAACGGUUUAUCACAUUGACUAGUUUGGAACGAAGUUAACUCUUCGAUUGUUCCCCCGUGGGUGUAAACGUCUAAAUAUUCUGGCUGAAACUGUUAAUAGUCACUUUUAAAAACUUCAACUCAUCAGUUUUUUCUUGAGAAUAUUCCUUCUUACUUUUCAUAAUUCUGAAGCUAGAUUUUUUUUUCACACCUAUGAUGCGUACUAAAUAAUGGUCCUCUUUGAUUUUUCAUGAGUCCUUGAAGGGGAAUUUCAGGAUCCUUCUCGAAGGCGACCUGUUUGAGGUGUCAGGAGAAGUUCGACGGCGAGGUGAUACGGGAAGAUGUCAUGCAACGGGUCGGUUUUCGAAAUUCUCUCUGUUUUUAAAUCCAACUCGGCUCUACAGUUCAUUUUCUGAUGACGAAUUCAGAAAAAAAGCGAGGAAAAACUUUUUUGGCAUUUUUUAUGACUUUAAUAGGGACCAUUAGGGCAAUUUUUUUCAUUUUAGUUAUUUUUACCUUCUGAAGUAGAAAAGUGAUGUAUAUAACUUAUGUAAAGCAAAAAUUUAAACAAGCUGAACUUUAGAAAAAAUGGAGUAAAAAAAAUCUAGAAACAAAAAUAAUGAAUUAAGAGAUUGUAAAAGAAAUUUUUAAAUUCUUUUAAAAAGGUUCUUCUCUGUUUUUCAUUUUCCCGUUCUUCACUCACCCCGAAAAAGUUGAAAUCACGUCAAAAAAACCUAAUUUUACACGUGAAGUAACCUUUUUAAAAAAUUAUUAUUUCCUAUUUAUAAUUAUAAAUCAGGAAGAUUUGGACUUCUGCUUACUAGGAGUGUUCUGAAAAGCUUUUUGAAUAUCUUACUUUCGAAAAAUUGAACAAGUUUUUUUAUCUCCACAGGGAAAAAAAAGUGUUCUGAAAUAUAAAGAUGAACAAAAAAACAGGUGAUUUUUUUAAAUUUAAAGUAACAAAAUUCAUUUUUCCAAGGAAAAAGCUCCCAUCUCUUUCGAAUACAUAAGGAAAUUGAACAGGAUUUUGAAAAAUUGAGCGUUUCCAGAAAGUCGCCACCUGCCCUGCGUGCAAAGAAGGUGUCAUCAAACCGGACAUUGUUUUCUUUGGAGAAGACCUCGGCCAACAGUUCCACCAACAGAUGGGCCUCGACAAAAAUGAAGUCGACCUUCUUGUUGUCAUCGGUUCCCCUCUUCUCUUUUUUUUCAAAAAUCAUUCUUUUCUAUUAAAGGCUCUUCAAUGAAAGUGCGCCCCGUUUGUCUCAUUCCCUACAAUAUUGCUCCCGAUGUCCCCCAGAUCCUGAUCAAUCGGUUCGGAAAGAUAGAAAUAAACGAGAAAGUUGAAUUCCAAAUGUUCAGGGAGCCUCUCUCGACGUACCGGGCUGACAUUGAGCUUUUGGGCAACUGCGACGAUAUUGUUAGCGAAAUUUGCCUCGCUCUCGGCGGCCAGUUCUCAGAAAUGAUUGAUAGUGACAGUUAGUUUUUUUUGGUCUAUUUGAAAAAGCUGCAAAAAAUGAGCUGAAAAAAUAAUUUGAAUAAAGAAAAAUUGCGCCUUUUCUUUUUUAUUUUUCUACCCUUUGGUUUAAAUUUCAUUGGAAUUUGACCAGAAAACUCCUCUAUGUACCUGAUAAAGACCCCGGUAGUAUCAACCUACACAAGUUCCUAUUUUUGAAGGAGUAAGGGUUUUGACCUAUUUUGGUGAUUGUUUAUGCUUUCCUCCGACUUCGAGCUGUCUGUUCACGAAAAUUAGGAAUUUUUGCUGAUUGAGACUUUCAGAAUCUUUUUCUGGUACAUCGAGAAAUUAUCUGGCCAAUUUACAGAAGUAAAAGUCUUGUCAUCAGGAAUCAAUUCACAGUAUAAAAUUUUGAUUCGAAUAAGUUUUCAACAGAAUUUCCUUCUUUGUUUCUAUUUUUGAAGCUUUUUUUAUACCCGCAAAUUUCAAUAAUGCAAAUAUAAUCAAUUUCAUUGUAGACGCCAUGAGAAAAAGGUACACCGGUAAACGCUGCGCCUGCAACACGAAGAAGGAAAAUUGACGUCGAAGAAUUUGAAAAGGUUUGAUUUCAGAGUUUUAAGGAUUAUUUUUAUGGAAAAUUCUUGAAGUUUCCAUUUUUGGAGAGAAAUUUGUUCUGGUUCAAAUGGUACGAACAAAGCGCUGCCAGAAAAAAAAAAUGGGGAUUUAUUUCAGAAAAUCCUGGAAGUUUUAGGCAACAUAUGACAUCGAAAAGACGAUUAAAAACAGUAUCGUUCUUCUUGAAAAAUAAAACAAAAUAUAAUCAACAUAGGCAAAGUCGGAAAGACCCUCCGAGGCUGCUGAAAGGCUCGAUAGAAGUUUUCAUUUUAGGGUGAUAAAGGCUCGCUUUUUGCGCCAUUUUCUCAGCCCUUUUUCACCAUUUUUGCUGCCUCUCCCUUUUUCCACCAUUUCUCGAGCCUUUAAAAUCCCAGAAAAAUGGAAGGCUCGAUAAAGAGACUCUCUUUGCUGCCUUUUUUGAGUCUCUUGGCCAUUUUCCACCAUUCCGACUUUGCCCGAGAACCUCCUAACUCUGAUGAAAAUUAACUUGUUAUAAGAGGUCUCAAAACUCUUCCAGAUGAUGCUGGAAGAAGACAAGAGCCAAGAAGACGAGGAGGAAGAAGGAAAAGAAGAAGAAGAUUGUCCGGCGAAAAGAAUGCGGCUUGUUUCGCCCCAGGAACAGCAGAAAAUCGUCGCUUCCAUGUACCAACGACGGUACGUCACCAUCGAGAAGGAGCUGCCUCCUGACGGAUAUUUCCAGGUAAGAAUCCUCAAAUUAUCUAUUUAUGAAUAAUAAAAAAACAAGCUUCAAUUUUUCCCAAACUUGUCAAAUACGAACUUCAUUCUCUAACCGUUUUUCUAAAGGUUUCAAUCAACCGAUCCGUGUUCCCCGGCGCAGAGUUGGUGUAUGACUUGGAUUCCAAAUGCGUCUGUCGACUACCAGCCAAGUAAAGUUUUUCAAUUAACAUACGUAAUCGCUGAUUUUACUAGGCAUUACGAUCGGUACGACUCUGACGAUGAUUCCGACGACGACGACAGCAGCGAUGCUUCAACGGCGAGCAGAUGCUUCAGCGAACCCGCGUUAGCUAAUGUUCGUUUGUUCGGUUUUGGCGAGGUUGUUCAAGAAUCCAAUGUUCCAAAAACCUUUUUUGGAGACCUUUUGGCGGCGGAGAUAGGUUAUCUAGAGAGAAAUAAAAAAUUUCAAUUGACUUCAAGCCGAAUUAAGACGAAAAGGCGAGAUUAGAAUUUUUUUUAACGAUAUUUCUUGGCACUUAGGAACCCCAGAACUAAAUAAGCGUUUACUGAAUGAAAUUGAGAGAUCCCUAUAGGAUUCAUUUGAGCCGUAGGGUUCAGGGAUCAGACUCUAAAACCCUAUAGGGACCACCUCAGUUUUACCCAUAUAGAGACCGCUUUUUCGGGUCGUUCCACCCCCCUUCCCUUUUUUUGUUUUUCUGAAAGAAAAAUUGAACACACGUCUUUAAUUAAAUUUUUCCCAAUUUUUCUACUUUUCUAUAAUCAACUGUCAUACAAUUAUCAAUGCCAUGUUCAAAGUAAUUUGCUCGAAAUUUAAAAUUUCUCUGGCUCUCCAAAACGAUCUUGUCGCCUCUCUGACGGCUUUUUCGAGUUUCUCGAAAUCAUUUUGAACUCGCCACAAACGUUCUUUAAAAAAUACCUGAAACAACUUUUUAAAAAAACUGAAACAAAAAAUAGAAUUUAGACUGAAGUAGUCGACGUUGGACGGAGCAACACCUGCCUUCCUGAUAUGCACUUUGACACUUCGGAGCCGGUCCCACCAACCGAUUUCCGAAACAUUGUCCAAGAUUUGGCUGAUCACAAUUAG